CUGCUCAAUUGGUGCAAUAAUCAAUCAACAAGGAAAUAAACAAGUUCUUCUUAUUCCGACACAAUUGAAUACGGGCGUCCCUUCUCAGUACUCAACGAAACUCUCUCCUCGGAAUUUAAAGAGUCACUACUUCGAUAACAACCUUUACAUAUACUUAAACACUUCUGCGACGAGUCGAGAAACAAACCAAAUAUCAUAUACCACAAUGGCCGCUCAGGGUCCCUCUCCGCUACCUCCUACCACCAUUCUUUCUUCGAAGCCUAUCUCCCAGGCUGCCGCGCACGAUUUCCUAGCCGCCUACCUCGAUCGCGCCGCCACAGACCCCGCCCUCCAACCUAAUGCCGGUAUUAGCGAACAUGGCCCGACCUCGCGCACCACGGCUGCGGCACCCAAUCUCAUUUUGCACAAUCUGAAGCGCGUUCAGGCUGGACUUGCUGGCGAAGUCCUGGGCAGGGACCUGGCUCUUGCGAAGCUCAGCGCUGGAGAGGAGGGCAAUGCGCAGCAGGCGGAGGCCGGAACUGAGGGGUGGGAGGAUCCGAAGAAGCUUCAGGAAGAGGUUGUUGCUGCCGAUGAUGAUGACGAUGUUCGGAUGGAUAUGGACGUUGUUGAGACAGAGCAGAAUGCUGAGGCCGCUGCGGGUCUUGAUAAAGAGGAAAGGAAGCGGAAGAAGAAGGAGCGCAGACUUGCAGAGAAGAGGGCAAAGGCCAAGUCGGACGCUUGAGUGGGUAUGAAAGCGAAAGAAAAGUUACUGUUUUGCGGGAGGUUUGCUACGGGUUGCAUCAGCUUUGCUACGGGGUUUAUUUUUCUGCUAUUUGUCUUGGAUUCCCAAGAUAUAUUAGACAUGUGCAUAUCGCAUUGGCGUAUUCAAGGCGAAACUAUUUCA